AUGGCAACGGACGCCGGGUUCUGGACUCCCAACUCCCCCGAGCCGGCAGCUGCGCGGGAGGCGCCCGGCCCCAGGGGCCAGCCCCCGGCUCCGAUGGAGAGCGAGGACGACACGUCCAAGACCGAGGAGUGCCGGAAGAUCCUCGAGAACCUCGAGUCGACUAUCGAACAAUUCCGGUUCAGCCCCAGACUUAAUAUUUCAGAUGAUUUGAAGAUUGGCUUUUUCUGCACAGACCAUGCUACUCAAACAGAUUACAGUGAAAUUCUGCCACUAAAAGAGUUGAGUUCAUCUACAGAAAAGCUAAUACGGAUUAUUAGAUCUCUUCAAGUGGAUUUUGGGUUCCUCAAACAAUUGCUUCAGUUGAAAUUUGAGGACCGUCUUAAAGAAGAGUCUUUCAAUCUCUUCACUGCUCUACAUGACAGGAUCCUAACAAUCGAAAAACAUUAUCAAGAGAAUGAGGACAUUAUAAGAAAAUGCUACAAUCAGCAGUUGGCUGAUGCCAUAGCUGUUAUCAAAGGAAUGUACAAGCAAUUCUUUGAGGUGGAAGAAGAAACUUUUGUGCAAGAAUCAACUACUAUCAAGAUGAGUGUUUUGUUAAAAAAACUGAAGGAUAGAGAAGAAGUUAUUAAGAAAUUAAGAGAAGAACUAGACCAAUACGAAGAGUCCAGACUUCAAAAACUUGACACUUUUGCCAGAGAGACGAUGCUAGAGAGGGAAAAUUUGGAGUACAAAGUGGCAAACGAGAGACUGCUUCAGGUCAUUUCAGAACUCGAAGAAGCAAUCCGACUCAAUCUAAAGGAAAAUUCAGUAUUAGAAGAUGAAAUUGUAAGUCUGAAAGAGAAGGCAGAAAAGAAUCAUAAAACGAUUCAAAAGCUAAUUGAUGGUAGAGACAGAUUACUAUGUGAGCUUGAUUAUGAAAAAUCAUUAGUUCAAGAAAUGAUUAAUAAACAGAAGGAGGACAUGGAAACAAGGAAAAAGUUGGACAGCCUCGGUGGCAAGAGCCUGAAACUAGUCAAAGCCAAAGAGACCGCUGUGUCCGCGUGGCCCUCGCAGCCCAGGACUCCAUCCAGACCUAGAGCAAGUUCCAGACCACACUCACCCGCCAUCAGUGUCUCGACUGUGAAGACCAGGAAAGUUAAGACUCCAAAGAAAUCUGCAAAGGAAGAGCAGCCUGUGGUGAGGCACGCAAAACCAGCUGAG